CUAAGAGUCGAACCACGCCGGCGCAGUUAGCGGCUGCUGGAAGAUCUGUGUUUCUGGCUGAAUCACCUUGGCCGGAGCCAUGGGAUCGCAGCUGAGCGGCGCGGGUGAUGGCGAUAGCCCAGGCCCGGCCGACCAGGCCACGGAGCAGCCCCAGCCCGCCGUCCCCGGGGGUGGCGAGGGAGCCCCCAGGCCCCGCCCUGACCCCGAGGUGUGGGGGCCCCUGGACGACGUGCGCUUCGUCAUCGUCUGCACGUCCUGGUACUAGCAAGGCCUCAGAGCAGCGUCCGGACUCGCGGAACGUCGUGGUGACGGAGGGCAGCUGCUGCCUCUCCCUAGCCGCGGGCAUCUCUCCCCUUCCCCGCCCCCACACUUUCUUCUGUGCCUCUUCGCUUGGUAAUGGGGGGUGGGGCGGGGCGGGGCGAUUUGCCACUACUUCCCUCUGUCCUCCUGUCUCCCCAGCCUGACAUCCCUGUUGUCGCCUUGCCUGCACAUUUACUCGUAAUCCUUAGAGCCCUUUAGUCCCUGGAAAUUUAGUUCUCCUGGAUUGGCCAGCCUCUCCUCUAGACACUAAUCCCCACCAACAAAGGUGCAGAGGUCCUCCACUUACCCUCUCCCCCGUACACACUGACACCCCCACCCACCCCCAGCUUCUCAGGUUAUUGUUUUCUUAGUGUGAAGCACCACCUUUCUCACCCUCCCAUAGGAUGGUAAAUUUCUCUGGUCUUCAGUUGUCCAUGGGGCUCCAAAAGCAUUACUCCAAUCUCCCCAACUCCUCUGUUCCUCCCCAAUCAGCAUUCAUUUUCCAAGGAUACUGUAUCAUUUGGGCCCUACAGGGUCAAGUCUCUUGUCCUCCUCUCCAGAAAAGUGACAGUCUGUAUAUUUUCAUUUUAUUUAGAAAUGGUUUAAAAAACAUUA